UGCCUCUCUCUCUUGCCCUCUCUCUGACAGGGAACGUCGUCAAGAACAGACGUUGUAUUCUUCUAGGGCUUCAUCUCGUUUUUGUAAUCUCCAGAUUUGGGGCGAAUGGCGGAGAGCCCGACUGCAUUUUCCGACAAUGCAAAUCCUCCGGGGUCUAUCUUCUUGGGCGUGCGAUUCGUUCUGUGCGGCUUCGAUCAGCCGGACGAAGUUCAGUUCCGGGAUGCGCUUGUGGACGGCGGGGCUGUCGACGUUGGACGGUACGAUUCUACCUGCACGCACGUCAUUGUGCAUCGACUCACUCGCGACGAUCCGGUUUGUGUUGUGGCGUGGCGUGAUGGGAAAAUUGUCGUUACAGAGACGUGGGUUGGAGAUAGCCUUGAUCUUGGGAGGCCUGCUGAUGCUAAUCGUGUUCUAUAUAUGCCGGUAAAAGAUUUAGAUGGGAUACCAAAGUUUCGAGAAAUACACAUUUGUUUGACUGGUUAUCAGAAGCAAGAACGAUAUGAUAUUAUGAGAAUGGUGGAACUGGUGGGUGCAAAAUUCAGCAAGCCAUUGGUAGCAACCAAAGUAACGCACCUUAUCUGCUACAAAUUUGAAGGUGAAAAAUAUGUCCUUGCUAAGAAGAUAGGAAUUAAACUUGUUAAUCAUCGCUGGUUGGAGGACAGUUUGAGGGCAUGGGAUAAGUGUCCAGAAGAUGAAUAUAGUAAGAGUAGCUGGGAAUUGGAAAUUGUAGAUGCUGAAGCUGGAGACUCUGAGGAAGAAUCUGAAAACAUGCGCUAUGGUAGACCAUCGAAUCAGAGAAAGAUUGGUGGAGAUGGUAGUUACAUGAAUAAGUGGCAUGGAGAUGUCAUGACAGCUGGCAAAGCAUAUGAGAUGCAAUAUAACAAUGGCACAGUUCAGGUCUCAUCAUCUACACCUAACAAAAUGCUAGCCAAUGCCCCUUUAACAAGAAAAAGUACUCCUGAUAAAGGUGCUGUAGAUGGUAGGAUUUCUGAUGAAGCUAGCAAAAUGGUUGAGAUACAAUAUGACAAUGAAGCAAUUCAGGCUUCAUUAUCUACACCUAACAAAGUACUAGAAAAUGCCGCUCUGUUACCUAUCCAAAGAAAAACUACUCCUGAUAAAGGCAAUGGAGGGCGUCCUGAAGGAAUAUUAGGCACUGAAAAUUUUGGAGGUUCUUUGGUAAAAGCGAAUGGCCAUGUUGUGGAGCACGCCUUUGAAAGAACUCCAAUUGCAGAACAUGGUGAAAGAGCUGCAGGUUAUUAUGAUAUCAGUAAAGUGAUUUCUGGGAUAAAUAUUUCUAACCAAACCCCUUAUUCUGAUUCCUCAGAUAAGAGAACUCCACCAAGUUGCUCUUCGAGAACAUCGAAGUUAUCUUGCGCUUCAUAUUUGUCUAAAGAUCCUUCAAAUAGGUUAAGCAUCCCUCAUCAAAAUUCACAUGGAGAAAGAAGCAUCUCACCUCCAGCUUCAAAACAAAUUGCUGAUGACUUUGAUGCCUUUGAGGUUACAGGAAUCAAUGGACAGGUCUCAGGUAAGACUGAUACAUUAACUGUGAAUCAAGUUCAUGUUAUGGCUGACAAUGGUGUUGCGUUGGCAAGGGCAGAAGAAAAACCACAAAAUAAGUCAACUGAACUUAAAUCAGUGGGCAGUGAAGAUGGAAGCUCUUGCAGUCCAGCUGUUGAUGCACAUAAUUUUUUAAAGAAUAAUUUGGAAAGUAGCGUGUGCAACCCUGUCAAAACACACUCUGUAGAAACUGCUCAGGAUAGAAUAGCUGAUCCACCUCCAAAGAAGCUUUUGAGUUUCAGAAGGAAUUCAACAAAGCGAUUAACUGCAUUUUCAACAAGUCCUGCUGAUACUCUGCAAGCAAAGGUUUCUGAACUUCAUGUGAAGGAUCAAACUGCCUUCUCAGGUAAGGUGGAUGGGGCCAAUAUGCCUCCUAUUGAAGGUUAUGUAACACAAGGGGGAGGCUCACUUGAAAUGAAUUCCAAUCAGGGAGGCACUAAGUCAUUAUUGUUCAUAGAUUCUGGAUCUAUAUCUGAUCAGGCAAACAACAAUGCACAUAUGAGUACAUCAUUGAUUCCUUUGAAUGGUCAAAAUAAUGAAUCCAAAGAAACUAAUUGCAGCCGUGUGGAAUUGUUAUCUAGUGACCAUAAUUUUUCACCUGAAAAAAAUCAAACCGGUGAGAGUGCAGAGGCAUGUGAAAAUGAGAUGAAUGGAUCUUCUUCCAAGAACCCUUCUAUCAAGAUUACCAAAAAAUUUGUGGCCAGAAAGAACACUAGCAAAAGGCAUGGGAUAAAUGACAUGACUCCUUUUGAUGCCAAAUGUGGCUUGUCUUCUGGUGAGGAGCCAAUCACCGGCAACCUUACAAAUGGUGCAGUGCAAUCACAGGCUGAUGCUCAACAUGAACCAUUGGAAGGAAAGAAAAACUUUGAGAUAGGUCUUACUUUAACAGCCGGUAAGGUCCUGCAGAUUGAGCAAGGGAAUAAUAGGCCAAGUGCACAGAGGCCUUCAAACAAAACAAAGAGAAAAUCUGCAGUUAUGAUUGAAAAUGACGUGGUUAUUGAUGACGAGGAAAAACAUUCUACUAAAUAUAAACAGUAUAACGCAAAGAACCAGGUUUGUGAUGGUGAGAAGAAUGUCUCUAAAUUUGAGCAUGCAAAUGAACCAAAUGUUUUUGCUCUUAGAAGUGCAGAAGGGCGAGAAAACAUUGAGAAAUUCCUGGGUCCAACAGCAAAUAACAUGCAGCAUAUUGGCAGAAAAAAUAGUAGAUUGGAAGUGCCAAAAUCUUCAAGUAACUUGAAGCGAAAAUCCAGGGUUGUGAGUGAAACUAAUUUGGCUGCAGACAAGGAAAACCAGCCAAAUGAAACUGAAAGCCAAAAUAUUGAUAAUGUGAAGAAACAUUCAACUGGAAAGAUUGUGUCUAAAUCUACACAAGUGAAGAGCAAGAGAGGUGGGGUUAAUUCUGAAGGCAAAAUUGAUGCAUCAAAAGUGGGAAAGAUGUCAACAAGCAAGCAAUUUGAACCCCAGUGGUUUAUAUUGAGUGGUCAUCAUCUCCAGCGAAAGGAAUUUCAGCAGGUCAUUAAGAAUCUGAGAGGCAGAAUUUGUAGAGAUUCUCACCACUGGUGUUAUCAAGCUACUCAUUUGAUUGUCCCAGAUCCUCUCCGCAGAACAGAGAAAUUUUUUGCAGCAGCAGCAGCUGGAAGGUGGAUACUUAAGACGGAUUACCUGACUGCUAGUAGUCAAGCUGGGAAGUUCCUGAAUGAAGAACCCUUUGAAUGGUACAAGACUGGCCUCAGCGAGGAUGGUGCUAUUAACUUAGAAUCUCCACGAAAAUGGCGCUUAUUAAGGCAGAGGACAGGGCAUGGUGCAUUUUAUGGAAUGAACAUCAUCAUAUAUGGAGAGUGCAUCGCCCCAUCCUUGGACACAUUGAAGCGUGUAGUGAAGGCCGGCGAUGGGUCGAUCCUGGCUACUUCCCCUCCCUAUCACCGUUUUCUAAAGUCUCAUGUGGAUUUUGCCAUUGUCAGUCCAGGCAUGCCUCGAGUUGAUGCAUGGAUCCAAGAAUUCCUAGCCCACAACGUCCCAUGCGUUCUUGCUGAUUACUUGGUGGAAUUUGUCUGCAAACCUGGCUUUUCUCUCGACCGCCAUGUCCUCUACAACACUUAUGCUGCUGCCGAAAAAUCACAUGCAAACCAUUUACAGAGGCUGGAGGUCAUUGAGGUGCCAACACAGGAAGAUGACAUUGUCUGCUCAGUCUGCAAACUAAAUGACAGAGCAGAAGUAAUGCUCAUCUGUGGGGAUGAUGCGGGCAAAGUAGGCUGUGGAGUUGCAAUGCACAUUGACUGCUGUGAUCCUCCCCUUGAUUCUGUUCCAGAAGAUGACUGGUUUUGUUCAAAAUGCUGCAGUUCUGUUAGCAUGAAAGGCGCAAAAAACAGCUCUGUUUUGAAACGCAAAUCAUCUCUUCAUGUAAAAUGAUGCCUUUGUGACGCUGCUUGUAUCAACCAUGUAUCUUCCAUGGAAGAUUCAAUAUGGAAAAAUAAGGGGUAAGUUGCUCAUGUUCUCUAGGAGAGUAUGACAAAGGAGAUGGGAACUUUUAGGGAAGAAACGCCCUUUACACGUCUUAAGUGUAUAUUUUUUGGCACCUUUUCAAUCUUGUAAUCUUAUUCAUGCCCAA